GCCACACUCUUCAAAUCUGUAAACAACAUAUUUUACGCCGGUGGUUUCGCACGUUUUGAAUACAUUGUCUGCACGUUUUUAAUAGCCUUUUUUCCUCAUACAGUGAUUGUGAUGAGCACACGUGCAAUGAAACAUGCUAAAGGUGUUAAGAAAGGGAAGGGAUCCAAACGGCCUGCAAGCUCCCCAGACAGCAGCUGUUCUGAAAGUAAACGUACCAGAAAAGAAUCACUUGCUUAUCGUGAGGUACAUUCUGUACACAACUUCUCUGUUGAAGAAGCUAAGGAUUUUACUUCAUCUCUAUUAAAGUGGUACCAUAAAAAUAAAAGGGACCUACCAUGGAGAUCGUUGGCAGGAAAUCUUUCAUCUACAGACAGAGCAUAUUCAGUCCUCGUGUCGGAAGUAAUGUUGCAACAGACUCAAGUUGCCACAGUGAUCCCAUACUACACCAAAUGGUUGGCACGCUGGCCAACAUUUCAUCAUUUAGCUCAAGCGUCAUUAAAUGAUGUCAAUGAAGUGUGGUCUGGGAUGGGCUAUUACAGCCGAGCUAAAAGAUUAUGGGAGGCUGCUAAAAAAGUAGAUGGAGAAUUAAACAAUCAGGUUCCCCUGACAAGUGCAGAACUUCAAAACCAAUUACCUGGGGUUGGGAGGUAUACUGCAGGUGCAGUUGCUUCCAUUGCCUUUGGGGAGAAAGCAGCUGCUGUAGACGGUAAUGUGAUACGUGUGUUGUCAAGAGUACGAUGCAUUGGAGCUGAUCAGACAUCAAAGGUUGUUUUAGAUCACAUUUGGAAACUGUCUGAUCAGCUUGUGUCUCCUGAUGAACCAGGCAACUACAACCAAGCCAUGAUGGAUUUAGGUGCUACCAUAUGCACUCCAAAGAAACCUUCCUGUUCAUCUUGUCCUCUAUCACAUAUCUGUCGAGCUCAACAAAGAGUUCAGCAGGCUAAUCCUCUAAAAGAGUUGCAAAUAGAAUCGAAACCUAGCAUCUUGGAUAUUGAAGAUGCGUCCUGUCUUCUUUGUUUGAAAUCAACCUGGAACAACAGCCUGGGCGUUAUGAAUUUUCCACAGAAAUCUAAAAAAGCUCCCCCUCGGAAGGAGGUGACUUUAGUUUGUGUUUUCCAUGUUGAAUCAGAUAAUGGAUACGAAUACCUUGUGACAAAAAGACCCCAAGGAGGUUUACUUGCUGGCUUGUGGGAGUUCCCAAACCUUUUGUUUGAGGGUAAUCGUGAAGAUGAUGAUAAGGAAGAGGAAAAGAAACAACUUGAAAAGACACUACUUCGCAAGCAAUGGGGAGCCAGCAAAUCGAUUAGGCAGCCACAAUAUGUAGCUGAUGUCCCUCAUAUUUUUUCUCAUAUUCAUCAAAUGUAUGUUGUUUAUUCAUUGAAAUUGGACAGCAAAACUGAUAUUUGUUGUGACAAGAAAGAACUAGAGACUGAAUGGAUGAAAUCGGAUGGAAUACUCACAUCUGCUAUAUCUACUGCCAUGAAGAAGGUGUUCAAAACAGUUUCCUCAUCACACGAGACGAUAACAAGCAUUUCAAAAAAAGUGCAGCACAAGUCAAAAAAGGCAAUUGACAAAAAUACUAGGAAGGUUUCAGAUUUUUUCCAGAAGGUCCAAAAGUGAAUCAUUCAUCAACAAACAGAAAUGUGAGUCAAUUAUAAUGAUUGAUUUUUUAA